UUUGACAUCCGUCAGAGGUCGUAACUGUCUAGAUUUGAACGUUGAUAUAUUAUAUAUUUUUCCCAUAAAACUGAUAUUAUUUCACCGAAUUUCAAGAUGUUUGCAGCCGCACUGGUGCAACGCAGACUGGGCCUGCGUCUGCCGAAUGUCUUCCGGCCUGUGCCUCAGAAGAACUAUAGUGAGACGAAAACCCCGAAUUUCUAUAUGUGGGGAGGUGGUCUGGGCAAGAUGCAGGGCGGCCUCAAGGAGGAGGAGUACUUCACCACGGUCAAUCUAGAUCUCAUGGACAAAAUGCGCGACAAGAAGGCUAUCGCCGAGUAUCUACCCAAUUGGGAUGAGUACCACAAGGCCAUUAACAAUGCUGCUCUCUACACCACCGCAUUGAUGAACAAACACAAGAACGUACGCGAAGAGGCAUUCUUCAUGUCUGAGACUUCUGAGAACUUUAAAAUGCUGCAAGAGCGUAACCACAAAGAGCAGGAGACCGAGACCAUUGCCGAGGACGUUGAUGCUGCUGGCAACAUGUUGGAGCCGCUUGCCACCGUGCAUGCAUCCAAUGAAUAGUUAAAUGUUUUUCGUUUAUAAUUUUAUUGUUUCGGUUGGGUUGAGCAAAGAACGGGGAAUUUCUGUGCUCAAAUAAAAUUGUUAGUUCCUUUA